GAGACAGUUGGCGUGAGUCAGGACACUAGUACGUUAACAAGUUGCGUUUUCCACCCAAAACCCCGGAGCGUCACGUGAGCGCGACAAGAGGCUUAAAGCGAGAAAAGUUCAGUCAACGAUAUGGACACCGAGGGAAUGGCAUGCGCUGCUGGAGGCCGACUUUGAGUCGUUCACGUCACGGCAGGUAGUCUCUCUCUCUCUCUCUCCCCCCCCCCCCCCCCCCCCAUCGGCGCUUUUGUAAAAAGACACUCAGGACUUCAGAGACAGACCUGUGUGGAUUUUGGACAACUCAAACAGCCACAGCCCACCAGAAGACACCAGGCAGAGUGGAUGUUUGUUCCACGCAGCGCAUGGCCUGUAUUCUGCUGACCGACAUGGACCCCCCCGCCUCCGGUCCCACAGCACAUCCUAAUGGCCUCCCAUCUGACCUGGACCCGGCCGAUGGACUCGACUCCAAGCAGGACACGGAUGCGACCUGCCUCACCGUCCACCUGUAUCACCUGGGGAAGGACGGAGGAGUGGCUGACGGUUCAGAAAGUGUGCUCUCGUUUCCACCAGGGGAGUACGUCGCAGAGGAACUGUGCAUCAGGGCAGCGAAGGCAUGUGGCAUUGCUCCAGUGUACUGCAGCAUGUUUGGCCUGAUGAGGGAAAGCGAUCGGAUCUGGUUUCCUCCGAAUCACACCUUUAAAUUGCAGCCGGCGGCCAGGGAGAGUCUGCACUUCAGAAUUAGAUACUAUUUUUCCGGCUGGUAUAACAGCGGCAGUACAUUGAAUGCCCAUCGCUAUGGCGUGUCCAAGGGGAAGGAGAGCCCUGUGAUGGAUGAUUAUGUCAUGGCAUAUCAGUUUUUUCAGAGGCGUAGUGACUUUCUGAAUGGCUGGGUUCAUAUCCCAGUGAGCCACGAGGCCCAGGAGGAGUGUCUGGGCAUGGCGGUGCUGGACAUGAUGAGGCUCGGCAAAGAGAGCGGCCAGUCACCUGUGGACGUUUACAAUUACACCAGCUACAAAUCCUUCCUGCCAAAAAGCAUGCGAAGCCACAUCCAGGAAUACAACAUCUUGACUCGGAAGAGGAUCCGCUAUCGCUUCAAGAAGUUCAUCCAGCAGUUCAGUGACUGCAAGGCCACGGUGUGUAACCUCAGGCUCAAGUACCUGAUGAGCCUGGAGAUGCUGCUGCCCGCCCUCUUCGCCGAGCGCUUCCAGGUAGCCGACCUCUCUGCGCGCAAGGUCACCAUCGUUGUCACGGGCGACACGGGCAUCCAGUGGUCAAAAGGGAAAGAGGAGGAGGAGGAGGCAGAGGAGGAGCUACAGACAUACUGUGACUUCCCAGAGGUGAUCGACAUCAGCAUCAAACAGGCGAAUAAGGACGGCUCAGUGGAGAGUCGCAUCGUUACCCUCACCAGACAGGACAACCAGAUCCUGGAACUGGAGUUUCAUUCGCUCCCAGAGGCCCUCUCUUUCGUGUCCUUAGUUGAUGGCUAUUACAGACUGGUUGCAGACGCCCAUCAUUAUCUGUGUAAAGAGGUCGCUCCACCAAGACUUCUGGAGUGCAUUGAGAGCUACUGCCACGGCCCUGUGUCGAUGGAGUUUACGAUUGCUAAGCUGCGUCACUCUGGGAACCACCAAGGUCUGUACAGCCUUCGCUGCAGCGCCAGGGACUACGACAAAUUCUUCAUGUCCUUUGUGGUGGGGUCUGACACUAUGGUGGACUAUAAGCACUGUCAGAUCGUGAAGACGGAGUCCGGAGAGUUCAUCCUGAGCGGUGCCAAGAGGAGCUUCGGCUCACUCAGGGAACUUCUGCACUGCUACCAGAAGGAGGCGCUCCGCACCGAUGGAUACACGUUCCAGCUGACCAGGUGCUGCCCACCCAGCCUCAAAGACAAAUCCAACCUUGUGGUGUGUAGAAAUAAUCAAGGUGCCGAUGUCCCACUGUCUACUGAGCUCCACAAACACAACAUCAGCCAGAUGGUCUUCCACAAGAUCCGAAAAGAGGACCUCGUCAUAAAUGAGAGUCUGGGCCAAGGAACCUUCACCAAGAUCUUCUGUGGCGUGAGGAAGGAGCUAGGAGACUACGGAGAGAUUCACCAGAUAGACGUGGUCAUCAAGAUCCUGGACAAGGCUCACCGCAACUUCUCAGAGUCUUUUUUUGAAGCAGCCAGUAUGAUGAGCCAGCUCUCCCACAAGCACUUGCUCCUCAACUAUGGCGUGUGCGUUUGUGGCAAUGAGAACAUGAUGGUGCAGGAGUAUGGCAAAUUCGGUUCUCUGGACACGUACCUGAAAAAGAACAGAAGCUGUGUCAACAUUACCUGGAAGCUAGAAGUGGCCAAGCAGCUCUCCUGGGCGAUGCACUACCUGGAGGAUAAGAACCUCGUUCAUGGAAAUGUUUGUGCCAAGAACGUCCUUUUGAUCCGAGAGGAGGAUCGGAUGGCGGGCUGCCUGCCCUUCAUCAAACUCAGUGACCCGGGCAUCAGCAUCUCCGUGCUGCCCAGAGAAGUCCUGGUGGAGCGUAUCCCAUGGGUGCCCCCCGAGUGCAUCGAAAACCCCCAAAACCUGAGUUUAGCCACUGACAAGUGGGGCUUUGGGACCACCCUGUGGGAGAUCUGCAGCGGCGGAGACAAACCGCUCAGCACCCUGGACUGCUCAAAGAAGAAGUUGUUCUACGAGGACAGGCACCAGCUGCCGGCUCCCAAGUGGACCGAGCUGGCCAAUCUGAUUAACAGCUGCAUGGACUAUGAGCCGUCACACCGGCCCUCCUUCAGGGCCGUUAUCAGAGACCUCAACAGCCUCUUCACCCCCGACUACGAGCUGCUGGUGGAGAGCGACAUGGUGCCCAACAGGACGAAAGGCGCCGGCUUCCCCUGGGCCUCCGAGAGCCAGGAGCCCGCCCAGUUUGAGGAGCGGCACCUCAUCUUCCUCAAGCAGCUCGGCAAAGGGAACUUCGGCAGCGUGGAGAUGUGCCGGUACGACCCGCUGCAGGACAGCACGGGGGAGGUGGUGGCCGUGAAGAAGCUACAGCACAGCACCGCCGAGCACCUCCGGGACUUCGAGCGGGAAAUCGAGAUCCUCAAAUCCCUCCAGCAUGAAAACAUUGUCAAGUACAAAGGAGUUUGCUACAGCGCAGGUCGAAGGAACCUCCGGCUGGUCAUGGAGUAUCUUCCCUUUGGCAGCUUGAGAGAUUAUCUCACUAAACAUAAGGACCGCUUUGACUUCAACAAACUGCUGCACUACGCAUCACAGAUCUGCAAGGGCAUGGACUACCUGGCCACCAAGCGGUACAUCCACAGAGACCUGGCCACGAGGAACAUCCUGGUGGAGAGCGACAUGAGGGUGAAGAUCGGCGACUUCGGGCUGACGAAGGUGCUGCCGCACGACAAGGAGUACUACACCGUCAGGGAGCCGGGGGAAAGCCCCAUCUUUUGGUACGCUCCGGAGUCGCUGACAGAGAGCAAGUUCUCGGUGGGAUCAGACGUUUGGAGUUUUGGCGUUGUCCUCUACGAGCUCUUCACUUUCAGUGACAAGAACCGCAGCCCACCUGCGGUGUUUAUGGACAAGAUGGGAAAUGAAAAGCAGGGCCAGAUGAUCGUCUACCACCUGAUCGACCUGCUCAAACAGGGAUACCGGCUGCCUGCUCCUGAGAACUGUCCGAAGGAGAUUCACAGGAUCAUCAGCCAGUGCUGGAGCAGUGAACCCCGACUCCGCCCCACCUUCAAGACAUUAAUCCACAGCGUGGAGACUGUACGAGACAGCAAGGACAGAUGAGCCCCGGCCAUCCCUUGACCUUUGAACUUUAGCCGUUGCCUCCUGGGAUUCGGUCCUCACACGUCUGAACUGAACACUGAGCGUGUGACACGUCUGUGGCGUCCCGCAGCGAUGACUUCAUUAGUCCGGUUUUCUUUCAGUGCGUCAGUCAAAUUAACACAUAUUCAAAUAAUGAUUCAUGGCAGUUUACCUACUUAUUGCAAUGACGUAUGCAAAUUAUUUGAUUAAUUACACACACUACAUCCGACUCAAGACGGCAAACCAAAUAUAUUCCAGAUGCCUUUCAGAACUUUUCAAUUCAUUCAUUUCUUUGUGCUAUUCGUCACUUGUUUGACAAUUUGAAUAUGACGAGUCACAGACGGGAGAAAUGUGAUAUACGAUUUGAUAUUGCUGAAUAUUUAAGCCUCAGGAUUGGGACCAAAAAUGUAUAAAUCAAUCAGUUACAUUUUUAGCUGUUACAGGGACUUGUGAUUUCCACAUAUUCAUUCCAUAUCAAGGACGUGUCUGUGUUUUCUGACAGCAGAAGCGCCGAGUCCUGGUUGCUAUGACUACUCAGUGACCAGAGUUUACACAAAUAUACUAUAAUUUGUCAAAAACCUUAUAGAGACAGGAAUAACUGCUCAGUAAUCUCUUUGAAACCUGUUAAUCUAACUGGACUCAAACAGUAUAAUUCUCGUUUUUAAAAAUGGAAAUGAUGAUGGUGUCUUAGUAAUUAGUAAUAUAUUUUAUAAAUACAGAAUAGGGGUUUUCAGUGUAUUUAGGCUAUACUAUCUGCCUGUACUGUAGACACCUAAUGUGAAAAGUCGUUGAGGAGUUUGUUAUACAAAAGUAUUGUAUGUUUAUAUUUUUAUAUUUCCUCAGUCCCCAAGCAGAAUUAUUUGUGGGACAUCUUUGUUUCCCAUUUUGAAACUUAAACAACCCCCAAUGUUUUUCAUUCAUGCUAAUAAAAAUCAGUCCAUAACAGA